GCUCUCAUCUCUGGCUGGCUCAGAAAACAGCCGCCAAGCGCACACACCACUCUCUCAUCAUGACCUCCAUAUAGGCCCCCUACAUUCUUUGAUCAGUGAUCACUCUCGCUGGGUCUCACCCCCUCCCGCAGACGGCCAAACAGAACCCACGCGUGCGCGCGCGCCCACGAGCGAGCGAUGCCUCCCCUCCGCCGCGCGCGCUCCAUCCUGCUCCUCCUCCACUACGUGGCCGCCUCCCACCUCCUGCUGCGCGCCGCCGCGGCCACAUUGCCGGACCCCGCGCCGCUCGACCCGGCACUGGUCGCGACCCCGGUGCAGCCCGCCGCCGCCGUUCCGGGGGGCACGAUCCCGGCGUUCCCCGCGCAGUCGGACUCGCUGGCGGGUUCCUCGUCCACGUGCCCGCUCGCCCCUUCCCCGGCGCUCCUCCCGGCCGUGCGGGCCUCCUGCGCCGCCGCCGCGGCGCUGCCGCCGAGGCUGCGCUGCUGCCCCGCGCUGGCCGCGUGGCUGUUCGCGGCCUACGCGCCCGCCGCGCUCGCGGAGCGGCCGCCCGCGAGGCCUCCGGCCGCGGCGGCGGCCGCCGUGGACAUGCCGCUGCCGCCCGACGACUCCGAGGCGUGCGCGGGCGCCGCGGACCGCGCGCUUCGUGCGGCGGGGGCGACGCUGCCCCGCCCCACCGGCGGCAAUAACGGGACGUGCGACGUGGCGUUCUGCUACUGCGGGGUCAGGCUGAGGCGGCUGACGUGCGGACCCCCGCCGGCAGCCGAGGGCGGGCUGUGGGCGCCGGCUGACGACGCGGCGGCGAGGAGGCUGGAGAGGGACUGCGCGCAGCCGGGCGUCCCCGGCUGCUCCAAAUGCCUUCUUGCUCUGACCAUGAUAAAGAACACUAGUCCCGGCGGUGGCGCCGCCGCGGAGGCAGCGAGCAAGGAGAAGCAGGCCGCCGUCCGGUCGGGCGAGAGUGACCGGGACUGCGAGCUCAUGGGGCUCAUGUGGCUGCUGCAGCGCAACGCCACGCGCUACGGAGCGACGGCCACGGCCGUCAUCCAGGCGCUGAUGGCCGUGGACGAGGCGUCCGCCGCGGGUGUCGCGGUGGCGGCAGACGCGGGGCCGGCCGCGGCGUGCUCGCUGCCCGUGGACGACAUGCCCCUCCCGGCCGAAUACGCGCAGGUCGGCGGGGCCAGCGACGCGCCUCGCGGCGUCUGCUGCUUCUUCUGCCUGCUCGUGCUGUUCUCCGUUCUAAGCUUCCGCUCCGUGUACUCGCUGUAGCAAUUUUGUGGUUCAAUUGAAGUUCGUUAUAUGCU